AUGAUCCAUGCUGUACUGAUAUUUAACAAGAAAUGCCAACCAAGGCUUAUCAAAUUCUAUACUCCCGUGGAUCUCGCUAAGCAGAAACUACUACUAGAACAAGUGUACGAACUGAUUUCCCAGCGUAUUACAGAUUUCCAGAGUUCAUUUCUGGUGACACCCCCCUCCCUUCUUUCGACCGGUGAUGAUGACAUCGUCAACGAGGAUAUACAGAUAAUAUACAAAAACUAUGCCACGUUGUUCUUCACCUUUAUCGUUGACGAUCAGGAAUCUGAGUUAGCAAUACUAGAUCUUAUCCAAACAUUUGUAGAGGCGUUGGACCGAUGUUUCACGGAGGUUAACGAGCUGGAUUUAAUCUUCAAUUGGCAAACUCUACAGAGCGUCCUUGAGGAGAUAAUACAGGGUGGUAUGGUCAUCGAAACAAAUGUUUCAAAUGUGGUUGAGUCCGUAGAUGCAUUGAACAAGAUUUCAGACGGCUCGGAGAAUAGAUUCUCCGCCAGUUUCGGGAAUGCUUUGCAGGCGUUUGCUCAGGGAAGUUUUAGUCAAUGGGCAUCAGGCCAGUAA